AGCAGUUUUGUUGUGCUGGGCUCCUUUGUGGCCUUCUUCGUCCACCUCACCAUCGUGGUGGUCACCUACAUCCUCACCAUCAGCGCCCUGCAGACUGAAGCUACCCUCUGCCUUGACCAGCUGGUUCCCCUGCCCAAUUGGACCGCCACCCUGAUGCUGGGCUUCUUCCCCCAGGCCUCUCUCUCAGAGAAGUUAUUCUUCAGGUGUCCGCGACACAGGAGGGGUAGGAAGAGGGGUCGGCGGGGGUGGACCUUCAGUACAGGCAUUGCACUGUGCAGUCAAUCAGCAACAAACAGAAGGCAUCCAAGGUCCUGGGCGUGGCCUUCUUCCUGAUCGUGGUCAUGUGGUGUCCCUUCUUCAUAACCAACGUACUGUCGGUGGUGUGCGACCCUGUGAACUAUGACCCGGGGGUGAUGGGGGAGCUGCUGAAUGUGUUUGUAUGGGUGGAUACCUCUCCUCAGCCGUCAACCCUCUGGUAUACACUGUGCAACGUACUGUGCAGCCUUCUCCUGCUACAUACGCUG